UAUGUUCUUUGUACAGUCAGAUAGCGAUUUUUUUUUCCAUUCCAAAGUCAGUAGUAUCCCAAUCAUGCUGGGCCUUCCUUAUAUAAUCAAGUAAUCUUCUCCAGAACUAGGAUAUCAAUUCUCUUGUGGGAGUACUCAAGCAUCUGCAAAACUUUCAUGGCGAAGCCUGGUGUGUAUCAUUGUUCUAUUUCCCUGCAAGCCCUGACUGUUUUCUCUGUGCUCGUAGUUCUUUUGGAAGAUGUCCAGGGAGGAGACAAGUGCCCAAGUUUUUCAUGCGGGCAUCUCCGAGACGUACGGUAUCCUUUCCGACGUCCAGGCGACCCACCUGGGUGUGGUGCUCAAGGAUAUGAGCUGGUUUGUAGCAGUAGCAAGGCUACAAUUUACAUCAACACUGGAACAUACUAUGUUACUGGCAUCAACUAUACUGAUUCAUCCUUCUGGGUUGUGGACGCCAAUUUUAAUGCCAACAGCUGCUGCUCUCUUCCUCGGUGGAACCAAGGUCCUUACACAUACGGCUUCAUUGAUUCAGAUUACUAUCUUGAUUUGGCAACUCGAGCCAUCUGGGCAUGCUUCACCAAUUGUUCGCGAGCAAUAACUAAUAACAGCAUGUACAAGGCUGUUACAUGCCUGAGCGGGAGCAAUUCACAUGUUUAUGUAUGGGUGUCUCCCGACGAUUGUGUGUUUGGAGAUCUUCGAUCUUCUUGCGGCUACUUGGCCAUGGUCCCCUUUGGUGACUACCGAUAUUCUUCUGACAGCCAACAAGUAGUAGAGAAUGCAAGUUAUGCAGAUAUCAUGGGAUUUAUAAAGAAUGGGUUUUCUGUUCAGUUUCCCAUCAAUGUGAACGGGAAGCGUACUUGCUCUGAAGCCAUUAAUAUAUGCCUGAACAAUUCAACCAGAUACUUCAAGGAGCAAAUAUCUGAUGCAAGCAUCCUGAAGUGGGCUCAUGCCUAUUUCUGGAGUGAGAUACAUUUCUUCAACUGCGUAAAUUAUUACCGCGAUGAGGGUUACCACUGCCAGCCAAAGAUGUUUUUGAGAUUGCAAACCAUUGUACCUGCUAUUAAUAUCAUCAAGUUACUUAUUGUCCUAUGCAGGUUCAUAUUGGCGCCUCUGUCUGUGUUGAUUUUCCUGGUCUACAAGUACUGGAAAACAAGGAUAUCAAUUGAUGUAGUCGAGAAGUUCCUCCGUAUGCAACAAAUUCUUGGCCCGACGAGGUACGCCUACACCGACAUCACCGCAAUCACAAGCCAUUUCAGAGAUAAAUUGGGUCAAGGAGGCUAUGGCUCUGUGUUCAAGGGCGUGCUACUGCCAGGCAAUGUUCAUGUCGCGGUCAAGAUGCUAGAAGGUAACUCCAACUGCAACGGAGAGGAUUUCAUCAGUGAGGUCUCUACCAUUGGCAGGAUCCACCAUGUCAAUGUGGUUCAUCUUUUGGGAUUCUGCUCCGAAGAGAUGAGGAGGGCUCUCGUAUACGAGUACAUGCCUCGAGGUUCUCUUGACAAGUAUAUCUUCUCAGCUGAGAAGAGUUUCUCCUGGGACAAGCUCAUCGAGAUCGCUUUGGGCAUUGCCCGAGGGAUCAACUACCUACAUCAGGGGUGUGAGAUGCAGAUUCUACACUUUGACAUCAAGCCACACAACAUCCUUCUUGAUAGCAAUUUUGUCCCAAAAGUUGCUGAUUUUGGUCUUGCCAAACUGUAUCCAAGGGACAAGAGUUUUGUGCCAUCGAGAGCCCUACGGGGAACUGUUGGGUACAUAGCUCCUGAGAUGAUGUCUCGGAGCUUUGGUGUCAUAUCGAGCAAGUCUGACGUUUACAGCUUUGGCAUGCUGCUGCUGGAGAUGGCUGGAGGAAGAAGGAAUGCUGACCCGAACGCAGCAAACUCGAGCCAAGCGUACUACCCAUCAUGGGUGUAUGACAGACUAACUGCACAAGAAGUGUGUGAGAUAACUCCUGUUGACGACAUGCAUGAGUUGGAGAGAAAGCUAUGCAUUGUUGGAUUAUGGUGCAUCCAGAUGAAGUCGCAUGACAGGCCGACAAUGAGCGAGGUCAUAGAGAUGCUGGAAGGUGGCCUCGAUGGCCUGCAGAUGCCUUCCAGGCCAUUCUUCUGUGAUGAUGAGCACACUGCUGUUCCGGACUCUUACCCUUUGUUAUCCGAGCUGACCGAGAUCCCGGAGGAGGAUGAGAUCUCAGAUUCUUAUGUUUCCCGGGUCAAGUGAUCUUGUACGUGGAAACAUGUAAUAAAAUCUAGGAGUAGCAGUUAAAGAGGAUGUAGAACUCCGACUGCUUAACUGGUUGACUGUAAUCAUCUUUCUGGAAGACACUUAUUAUUAAUAGUAUAUGAAUAAUAGCUCGUGGAAGCUGAAG